AUGAUGAUGCAGGAACUCCCAGAGCCCUACUCGGCAGUUGGCUUGUUCUUCAAGAAAAAGGAGAUGAAGAUCAAAUAUGGAAACAAGAAAGGAGAAGAUGUUUUGGAUCCGGAGAGAUUAAUACAAUGUCCAUAUAAUAAGCACCAUCGAAUCAGAGCCAGUCGGUUUCCCUAUCACCUUGUAAAGUGUAGGAAGAGCUACCCUGAAGUUGCAAAGGAAUUGGCCACGUGCCCCUUCAACGCUCGCCAUCUAGUUCCUCGAGCUGACCUCAGCGAUCACAUAAUGAAGUGCAAUGACAAAGGGAUCCUUGAGCAAGAUAUAGUGAAUCAGUCCUCUGGCUUACAGAGGGAGCAGAUGAAUGCUGUGAGCACGUGGCAGGCACCUCCAUGUGAGGAAGACUGGGAAACAGAGUCGUUGGAGCAGUCAGAUUCUCCUUUUAUUUGGGGCAUGACCAAUCCUAGCGUAAACAGUUCCAGUACCACCUUUGAACAAAAGAAUUGCUUGCCUUCGAGAGUACGUGCCCCUGAGUCCUUCCCAUACGCCGUAUCAUGGAAAGACUGUAAGUACUAUGCAUGUGGUUUCGGCACUGUGACUUCUGUAGCUGGUGGUAGCUGCUGA